GGUCGGGCUCCCGGACGCAGCACGUGCUCUGGGACACAACUUCACCGCAGGGAGAGAAGCCGGCGCAGGAAGCCUGUCGCAACGUGCCGGCGGCCACCUGCAAUGCAGCGCUGAAGUUCAAGGCUCCGGACAAAGCCAGUCGCCGCGCCGGGCAGAGGCUGCUCCGAGACGCUACAAGCCUGGAGGUGCUCGGCCGCCGCUCUCCCGGCUGCGGUGUCACUCGCGGCUUGUGCGGACAGGACCGCGGCCCGGAGGAGGGAUGCGGCUCCCACCCCUGCAGGCCCGCUGGGAAGGGCGAGCCGAAGGCGCCGCUCACACGCCCCGGCCAGCCGCAGCUGCAGCCGCAAGCGCGCGGGUGUCCCAGCCCGCUCCCACCGACCCGUUGGAACGCCCCGUUCUUCCCGCGUCAGCGCCUCAGCCAAUCAACGCCGCUCUGCACCCCGCCCUCUCCGCUGUUUGGCCAAUCGCCAUCCAGCGAGUCCCCCCCCCCACCUUAGCCAAUGGGGAGCUUGGUUGCCACGGCAACGGCUCGAAGCACUUACCCAAUGGGGUGAGCAGAAAUUGUUGCCGGUUUCCCAGUCAGGAUCCUGCAGCCCGUGGCCGCUGCGCCGCGAUGGCUUCCAGCUUCAAGAAACCAUCAGCAGGGACAAUUUACCAAAGGAAGAAGGCAGCCCCCAAGCUGAUACUUACUGAAGAACAGAAACAACAGUUCCGAGAAGCCUUUGAUUUGCUGGAUACCGAUGGCACUGGCACGAUCGAUGUUAAAGACUUGAAGGUGUCCAUAAGAGCUCUGGGCUAUGAACCCAAGAAAGAUGAGAUGAAGAAAAUCAUAUCAGAAGUUGAUAAAGAAGGGUCUGGGAAGAUCAACUUUGAUUUAUUUUUGCAUGCAAUGACUCAGAAAAUGUCGGAGCCAGAUUCCAAAGAAGACAUUUUGAAAGCCUUCAAGCUGUAUGAUCAGAAUGGAACUGGCAAAAUCUCAUUCGAAAACCUCAAAUGUGUGGCUAAUGAGAUUGGGGAAAAUCUUACAGAUGAAGAACUGCAGGAAAUGAUUGAUGAAGCAGAUAUGGAUGGAGAUGGAGAAGUGAACGAACAGGAGUUUCUGCAGAUCAUGCGAAUGACCAACAUGUAGCUAGACAUUUCUCUUUUCUUCCCACAAAUACUCAUAAAAUAUAGUUGGUAGGAACAUCUACAGCAUCCAUCAAAUCUUCUGGGGGAAAAGAAGAGAGUUUGUGUUUUUUAGAAAUAUAUUUGCAAUGGGAAUGAGUUACUGAUUUUAGCUGUUUAUUUCCUACUGUUUAAUUCAAUUUCAGAAUUUGAAAAUGAUCGUGGGUAGUGUUCUGACCACAGGUAAAGAAUCAGCUUAUUCAUUGCUUGUUUUCAUGUUCAGAAAAUCAUUUUCUAUAUCCCAAUAAAACUUGUAUAUAAUUAUUUCUAGUUGAA